AUGGAGGAUUUAGGUUGCACUGAAGCAAGUAGUGACAAACUUAAUUCAGAAAAUGUGAAUUAUAAGCAUUCACCUACGCAAGAAUUCCAAAGAGAUGAACCAUCUACGAAGGGUGUUGAAGAUAAAGAGCUGAGGGAUGAAAUAGAACUUGGAAGGGAGUUUGAUAGUUAUGAUAGUGCCCACCAAUGGUAUGUUGAAUAUGGUAAAAGAGUUGGUUUUGAUGUCAGAAUACACCUUAAAAUGAGAAACACGAAGGGGAUUGUAAGAAGAGUUACAUAUUGUUGUUCCAAGGAAGGUUUCUUGAAGCCGAAUGAAAGCAAGUCAUACUCUCAACCGGUUACGAGGGUGGGUUGUAAAGCCCAUAUUACUUGUCAGCUUCAGAAAAACGGAAACUUCCAAAUUGUUUCUUCUAAUGCAAGUCAUAAUCAUGAUUUAGUUCGCACACCCAUGAAGCACAUGAUGAAAAUUAAUCGUUCCAUGUCAAAAGCUCAAAAAGCACACGGUGAUGAUGCAGAUUAUUCAGGAGUAUCAAUAAAAGAGACUAUAGAACUCAUGAGUAGAGAGGUGGGAGGAAGGGAGAAUCUUGGUUUUCUAGACAAGGAUUAUAAGAAUUACAUAUAUAGAAAACGAAAGAUGAACAUGGAAAAAGGAGAUGCCAAUGCAAUAGUGCAGUAUUUUCAGAAAAUGCAGACAGAAGAUUCAUCAUAUUUUCAUACUAUGCAGCUUGACGAGGAUGGCAUGAUAACAAAUAUUUUUUGGGCCGAUCCGAGAUCAGUAAGUGACUAUGGCCUCUUUGGAGAUGUUGUUUGUUUUGACACUACUUACCGAACAAAUGAAUACGGGAGACCAUUUGCACCAUUUAUUGGGGUUAAUCAUCAUAAGCAGACUAUUAUAUUUGGUGCAGCUUUACUAUAUGAUGAAACUACAAGCUCAUUCAAGUGGCUCUUUGAAACUUUUCUUGCAGCGAUGUCUGGAAAACAUCCUAAGACCAUAUUGACUGACCAAUCUGCAGCAAUGGCUAAAGCAAUAUCAGAGGUAUUUCCUGAAACUCGUCAUCGAUUAUGUGUAUGGCAUAUUUAUCAAAAUGGUGCUAAGAAUCUGUCUAGUGUGUUUCAAGCUUCAAAAGAAUUUGCUUCUGACUUUGGUAAAUUGGUAUAUGAGUUUGAAGAGGAAGAUGAAUGGUUAUUGGCAUGGAAUAAUAUGCUUGAAACUUAUAAUUUGAAGAACAAUAAAUGGCUUGCAUCUUUAUUUGAAUUGAGAGCAAAAUGGGCAUUGAUGUAUGGGCGACACACUUUCACUGCAGACAUGAUGACUACUCAACGUAGUGAAAGUAUGAACAAUGUGCUAAAAAAGUAUCUAAAGUCAAAAUAUGACCUUUUGCGUUUCUUCAUACAUUAUGAGAGGCUUUUGGCUGAUAGACGAUAUAAGGAGUUAAUUGCUGAUUUUAAGAUGCUACAAACUUCUCCUAUGUUAAUAGUUGAAGUGGAAAUCUUGCAGCAUGCACGGGAUAUGUAUACUCCUAAAGCUUUUCAACUCUUUCAGAAUGAGUACACACGUAGCCUCAAUUACAAGGUUUAUAAAGUAGGGAAGAAAGAAGAGACCAGUGAGUAUAAAGUAUCAUAUAUGGGAAAAUGUAGAGAGCAUGCGGUACUAUUUAAUGCUUCAACACAGAGAGUUUCUUGUACUUGCAUGAUGUUUACCUUCGUUGGAAUUCUAUGUCGUCAUGUGCUUAAAGUUCUAGACAAGAAAAAUGUGUCAAAGAUCCCAACAGAGUACAUACUGAAGCGUUGGACAAGAAGUGCAAAAGGUAGAACUAUUACUAAUUAUCAUGUGCCUAGCGACAACCAUAAGGAGUCAAUAGGGAAGCGAUAUGGUCAUUUAUGUCGUAGUUUUCGUGAGGUUGCAUCUGUUGGAGCUGAAGAUGCAAAGCUAACCGCAUAUGCUAAUGAGCGAUCCAUUGAAUUGCUUACUAAUCUGGAGAAAAUGAAGAAAGAGUUAUUUAAAGACAAAAAAUGUAUUGAGGAAGCUCCAAAAGUUGAAGAUUCAUCCAGCGAAAGUGAGACUGAGGAUUUAAUGAUUCCAAGAGGAGUUAAAAGAAAAGCUAUUGUUGGACGUCCGCGUGGUGACAGAAUAAAAAACGUAGCUGAAAAGUUCAAGAAAAAAACCACUGCAACAAAGCGAUUAUCGAUGAAGAAUACUUCUCCUAUUCGACUUAAUUUAGAAACGCAAGUGCAGAUCGUAGAAGAGGAUGUAACUGCUCCUAUAAUACCAGAUAUAUUAACUCAAGAAUCUCAGGUAUUAGCUGCAUGUGACACAUACGAUGAAACUCCACAUUUGUAA